AUGUGCUACUACGGCAGCUACUACGGAGGCCUGGGCUACGGCUAUGGAGGCUUCGGUGGUCUAGGCUGUGGCUAUGGCUGUGGCUACAGAGGCUAUGGCUCCGGCUUUGGAGGCUGUGGCUGUGGCUAUGGAGGCUAUGGCUCCGGCUUUGGAGGCUAUGGCUGUGGCUAUGGAGGCUAUGGCUCUGGAAUUGGAGGCUAUGGCUAUCACUCUGGCUUUGGAGGCUGGGGAUGUGGCUGCUACCGCCCAACUUGCUGUGGAGGUUACGGAAUCUCCGGGUUCUACUAA